GCUGUGUCGUGGGGCCUUUCUGGAACCCGAGAAGGAGGCGAGCCUGGCCAGCCUUUCGAAGCAGAGGUAUGAGCAUGCGGAGGCAACCUCAACGCCAACGGACCUCACGCUGACCUCUGACGCCUCCACCUGGGGGUCGCAGAUGCCACCGCUUCCUCCCGUCCACCCCGGGCUUGUGCUCCAUAGUGGCAUGCUGGAGGACGAGGCGCUUCCCAGCUUCACGGAUCCUAGCUCCUCUGAGGCCAUAGCUGCCUUCACCAGGGACCUUGUCCGUGGCAGGAGGGUGGCAGUUGUGGCCCUCAACGGCAGCGCAGUCGACUGCUGGAUCGCCCUCGACAAGCAGUUACGCUACCUUGUGAUCCAGAGGCGAAACGAAGAGCUGUGUCGCUGGAGUCCAUUGACCAGGUCUGCGUUGGCAUCGAAGCACAGGAGGAGUCUGGCCUGCCGCUGCACGACCUUUGCGUCUGCUUCUUGCUUCAGGAAGGGCAGGCCAUAG